GCACGGAAAGCAUUGAUGGCCAGGGAAAAUUUAGGUCAGAAUCAAACCACAAUCUGCUUUCUGCUUUUCUGCGAACAUAGUUUGUGAAUGCCAGUUUGACAGAACAUAUUAAGAAGUACAUCUGUGUAGAUUUUGUGCAUGGAUUUUUAAAGCAACUCUUUUUAUCAGUUAGCAGGGCAGGAAACUUGAAAAAGGUUGUUGAAAAUUCUACGUCAACCUUCAAAAAAUGUUUUGGAAAAGGCCGGAUUACGAUUCAGACUCAAGUGCUACCCCUCUUAUGGGCGACAGCAAAGUUGAGAUGAGCCCUGAGGACAGAAAGGACGGAAAGUACGGGAGAGGAACAGGCCGAGUGUCUGGUAUGGCGCGUCCAUGCUGCUACCUCCUGGUCAUCCUCUUGACAAGUGUGAUAUGCUUUGUUGUGAUGCUCAUUAUCUACUUGGUACUCCCACCCAGACCUUGCCAGCCUCAUACAGGGUCUUGUGUGGGACAGGAGAAGAAGUAUCGAUUUGCCACGGUAGCUUCUGAUGCUCAAGUAUGCUCAAAAGUUGGAACGGACAUUCUUGCUAAGCAACAGGGUUCUGCUGCAGACAGUGCAAUAGCGACACUGCUUUGUCUGGGCCUAGCAAAUCCACACAGUAUGGGAAUAGGAGGCGGCUUCUUUGCAACUAUAUAUAUCAGAGAAGAAAAUACCUCCUUUGCCCUCGAUGCAAGAGAUGUGGCGCCAUUACUUGCCAAUAAAACAAUGUUCGUUGAGAAUCCGGAGGCUUCCAGUAAAGGUGGAUUGGCCAUGACAGUUCCCACAGAAAUCGCCGGCUACAAGGCUCUCCACGAUCGGUUUGGGAAGCUUUCAUGGAAGACCCUGUUUGAGCCCGCCAUUCGCUUUUGUUUUGAUGGGUUUCCGCUUGGUGAGGGGCUUCACCGUGUGCUUGUGAUGAAAAAGAAGGAAGUGAUGAAUACACCAGGUCUGAGGAGAGUGUUUGUCAACUCGAAAACUGGUGACCUCUACAACAUAGGUGACAAAGUGAAGAACCCGAUAUUGGGGAAAACCUUAACUGCAAUAUCAGAAGAUAAAGACGCCUUUUACUUCGGUACCCUGGCAGAAGAUAUAAUAACGGAUAUACAGGAUGGAGGUGGAAUUAUCAGCUUGCAAGACUUCUCAAAUUACAUGGUGAAGUGGCGGGAUCCUGUGCAGUUUUCCUUACAGGAUGGUUCCACUCUACACUCUCUUCCACCGCCAUCUAGUGGAGCAGUUAUUGGGUUCAUUAUGAAGCUACUUGACGGUUACAAGUUUCCAGUCGACUUCAUCAAGACCGAUCCUAUCCUUACCCAUCAUCGCAUUGUAGAAGCGUGGAAGUUUGCAUAUGCAAAACGUUAUGAAUUAGGAGAUAUGGACUUUGCCAAUAUCACUGAGGCACUCAAUGACCUACUCUCGGCAUCCUACACUGAAGUUACCAGGGCAAAGAUCACAGAUGACCGAACCCACCCACCAGAAUAUUACGGUCAUUACGACCCCCAGCCUGACAGAGGAACCUCUCAUCUGAACGUCUUAGCAGCCAAUGGUGAUGCAGUGGCAGUUACCAGUUCAAUUAACUCAUAUUUUGGAUGUGGCGUAGUCGGAAAUAAAACUGGUAUAUUGUUUAACGAUGGAAUGGAUGACUUCUCUACACCUAAUAAGUCCAACCAGUUUAACCUCCCACCCUCGCCUACUAACUUUAUACAUCCAGGAAAGAGGCCGAUGUCAUCCAUGGCGCCCACUAUCGUGACUGAUGACGUCACAGGAGAUGUCAGAUUAGCCGUUGGAGCCUCUGGUGGGAGUCUUAUCAUCAGUGGAGCAUCGUAUGUAGCAUUACGAGUCCUCUAUUUUAACGAGACACUGAUGGAAGCAACCAAUGCACUCCGGAUACAUCAUCAAUGGAUACCAAACACAAUAGUGUAUGAGAACAAAUUUGAUCAGUUGGUGCUGGAUGGGUUGGCAGCCAAGGGUCAUGCAAUGAAGCAGCUCGGGGCGAACGAGCGUGGAUCUGUCGUCCAGAGUAUAAAUACUAAUAGGGGGACCCUGUAUGGAUACGCAGAUGUACGGAAAGGAGGCUGUUCAGAUGGAUAUUAGAGUAUCGAAUUGUGUAUUUCCUAAAAAGACAAGGGAAAAACUGACAAACAUGAGGAUAUAUCAAAGUUGGUUGAAUCCGAUCUUCUGCACUCUCAUGUUUAACAUAGAAGCUAAAAAGCUAGGUGGUACAAUGUAAAAGGAACCCUUACAUUUUUAGCUCACCGUAGGGGAGUCUAUACAGUGUCCGUCGUCCGUGGUCAGUAUCCUGUUUCAAAAAUAGUGGCACGUUUCUUAACCGAUAGGACUAUGAUAUUGAAAUUUUGUACACAGGAUCCCCAGGUCAGGUGACCUCUGACACUGAAUUUCGGUCUGAUCUGAUACUUGACUUGGCCACCAGGGGGCAAAAAUGGAAACCUAAAAAGUGUGAUAUCUCUUAUAAGUGACUCGUUUUCAAUAAAAUUUUAAUGGUAAGUUCUCCUAGCAAGGAUACAUCACA